CAGUAAAAGGAAUGAAUGAUCUCCGUGACAUGUGAAAGUGGCCCCUCCCCCCACUCUCCAAGCAAUAACGUUUCCCUUACUCCAAACAUGGCCAACACCAAGAUUGUCAAUUCGACUCAAAUCUCCCCAACAAAAGAGCUUGAGCUAUAGAAUCCCUCUCUCACUGAUCAAGGAGUGCAGCCAUUACAAUUCUACAUCGACGCCACGCGUCCUUGGCGUCAAUCAAGCAAGAAUGAGCUCUUGAUACAAUCUGUGUUCCUUUUGGGUAUUCCGAACGAAAUGACAUUCAAGUGAACGAGACUUAUUACUUUGGAGGCUUUGACAUCUCCACUGUCUACAGCCGGCUUAUCAACUUCUUCCGCGGGCUCAGUUAGUUGGCACAUGAAUGUGGAAGCGUUGCCUCUCCUCGGAGAUAAUGGCCAAUGGCCAGUUCCGUGGAGUGCAAUACCGCGCAAUGCAAUGCAACGGAAAAUCAGACACAACUCAAUCUUCGUCAUGAUGCGUUUCAACACGACGCUUUUCCAAGUCUGUGAUCCCUCGCAUUGCGUCUGCAAGCGCUCGGUCCACGGCCAAUCCUCAUCUACACAGUCCGUACUCCGUAUGGCUUAUCUCGGGCAUUUUGAAGUCUUAGCUAUCCGUUCAACCUAGCAACAGCAAUCAGGUCGGAUCAGCAACUCCUCCUCUCCCCUUUGCUAGGAACCAAUCGUCGCCUCGUUCAGUCUCAGCCAGGUGGCAGGCACUUAGCUUGUCAGCUAUUCGCCCCUAAACCUACUUGGUAACGGGGUAGCAGUCCGCGUAUAUGUAGGAAGGGCACUUUUUAUCACUCUUGGUGUAGCCGCCACGUGAAGCAUUCGGUCAAUACUAAGACGAAUCCAAUGCAUUGAUAAGAGACCUCUCAUUCUGCUGCCGACUUGGCGAAAGGCAAUCCAGCUGCUGCCGCGGUUAAACCUCAUAUCAGACAUGAGCUCGACUGCCGGCCUCGGAUCUCAAGGGAAGAAAGAAUAAAUAUCGCUUCCAGAAAAGCGGCUCCGUCUCGUGGCUACGAACUCGAUUCCUCUUUCGACAUUUGCUCCAUAGCCUCAUCACGUUAACGGAAUCGCUCUAUUACCUUAUCGACCGAUCACCCAAAAGCCCCAAGGGUCCCCUGCUACGUGGCAUGCACUUCCUGCUCCCCUGUCACUGAAGUCGACUACGGCCCACUUACAGCCACUUUCACAUGUCAGAAAUUACAUGUCGAGUGAUGACUGAGUGAUGGGCGAUGAACUCAUCCAUUGAUUAGACGUGGGUGCCCCCUUGAAAGUCUCAAAUCAAGCAGACGGAUGCGCUUGUGUAACCUUGAUCGACAGUAUAUUCAACGGCUCAUUGCGCAUGCUCGGCAACGCAUGCCAGCAAUACAAAAUCUCACGAUCUUCAAGUGACACCAGUGAACAACGCCAGCAUUCCUCUCUCUAGCCCACACGUUCCUCUGCGCAAACUGUUGGUCGGCGCACAGGGUGGUCGACCAAGCGUUGACACUUUGCAUGAUUUCCAUAUUUUUCUUCACGACUCUUUUUCGUCUUCUGCGGUGGGAAUCUUCCUCUCAAGCCUCACCGAAUUUGCGCCGCAUCAUUUCAGCAUAUCGUGAUCACGACAGGAUGCAUAUUUUCUUGAAACGCCGUUUCUCUGUGUCUUUGGUGAGCGACUAACGAAGCCCAACGGCUAGGGCUACUCGUCCCCUCAACAUCACAUGUCCAAAACAAAUCUACUCUUCGUUAUUUCGUUAUCGCUAUGCCUAUCGUGAUCGUGGCAGCUCAACCCCAGCACGAUAGCUUCCGUCGGUCAAUGUGGGUCUCAUCUACACCUAGCAUCUGAUUUCGGGCUAGUCGACAGCCCUACAUAACUUGCAUGUUCCCUUCCUCUUCAUGCUUGUGCUCAUGCGUGGGAGAUCCGCUCGCUUUGAUUGAUCUGACUUACAAGGGCUCCUCGGAUUAUCUUGGACCACAUGCAAGACCCUCGAAUUCGGGUUGUUUCCGAUGAUCAUAGUUCAUAGCCUUUUUUCUGGGCUCGGUUCCCUGCAUUAUCGCGGCGCAAGCCAUAUGCAGUCUCGAAAUAUUCGUACACCAAUUCACAAUGCCUGAAGAUUCACGGAUCUUUAGAUUUACGAGUAUGACUGGUCUAAUUUCGAAACUCACUCAUCGCAUUAUCGGAGACACUGUCAAAAGUCGAUAUAACGAUACUGUUCACAUUUCACAAAGCAACACUGCUUUCACCAUCAUGGUCACCUGUUGUCUUACAACAGCUUGUUAACCCACAUUCAGGUCAGGCUUUGCCGAAUCACAUCGCUGAACACUGUGAAACCAAGCGGCGGCUUUCUUGGGGAUCUUCCAAUGUUUUACUUUAGUUCUGACAUGAAGGAAUAUCUACGCCUGCUAAGGGACGGCUCGAUGCGGAUCGAAAUGUCAGCUGCUCAGCUACUUCAGCUCAAUUGGUUGCGACACCUGUCAAUCGGCGAUCAACGUCAGGCCUCAAUACGGUCAGAUGCGAAAAUGAUGAAUUUAUUGCACUAUGCGCGGUAAUUGAUACUGUCGCGCAAGCAAAUUGGUGUGCACAGACAGAAAGAUGUGCGUCACACAUUCAGUGAGUUAGAUGAUGGUUAUACCAAGUGAUACAACUGCUGCUGCUGCGGCUGCUUUUCCUCUUUAAAUUCCCGCCCGUCAGUCCCGAUCUCUCUCCGUCUGUCUUUCUUCGGUAGAUGUCGUGUGGUUACGUUUAGGUACUGUACUGUAAUCUAUUUCUAUCAAUAUGAUUUUUUAUAACCUCUUGUCUUUCGCACUGUUUGUGACCUCGUCUCUGAGUCGAGCCACCGAUAAAGAAAUACAUCUUCAGUGGUCACUAUGUGAUCGUGAUGGAGAAGCCGUCCUCGAGAAACUAGGGGAAGAAGUUCGUCCACCCUACAAACGCAAUCCGAUCACCUAUUUCGACACCAUGCCCCCGACUCAUGCGCAACAAGGCGUCAUGUUCCGCACCAAGACGAACAAAGGCAACCCAUUUUCUGUCAUCAAGGUCCGCUUCGAUGAGAAACCAGAGCGCAUUCCUCCCGGCGCCCAUUGCGUCUAUGAUCGAUACGGAGACAACGUUCCAUUCACUUGCGGUCAACGGUACCUCCUGGGUGACAAGACCAAAGAGAUCUGGAGCGAUGACCAAGUUCGCUUUGCGGAAAAGUACGACGACAUUGACUGGGAUGGCCUUGUACCCUACGGGCCUUUCCCAGAUGGCAAGUGGAAGUUAAAGAUAUUGGGGUACAAAGCGAAGCUGGAUGAUGUAGUGGCUGGGGAGCUUCACCUUAUGGAGAUUGAACUGUCUACCCCGAAAGCUGGAUCUGAGAAGGUGUAUCAGGAGGUCACUGAGUAUCUGAGAGAACACGAUGUAUUGCUCUGCGAUCCCCAGGCGUCGAAGACACUGCGCCUGUUUCACGAUAUGGGAUACAUUGAUGAUGGAGACACUUGGAUUGAGGAGCUUUAGCUACUCGUCAUACGUGUUAAUUCUCUCUCGGUCUAUCAACUUGCAGUGUUGACGAUGUGCCCUCCAGCUUUUUCGUUGGGUUAGGAACACGGGGUUAUUGGAAACGCUUUAGUUCUAACACAUGGACCCUACGUAGUUAAAAGCUGAUAUAAUGAGGCCCAGUAGUUAUGCCUCUGAAUAUUAGGGUUCCUGCCAAUCUUACCCCCAACUUAACGCAAUCUUGUUCUCAUACUCGAA